AUUUUCUUAAUGAUUUAUUUCAUUCAUAGGCUGUCCGGACCCAGACAUGGGAAAUACGCGUACGUAGUUAUUUAGCUAGUUGCCUAUAAAUUCCCUUGCAAAAAUUGCAGAAGUCCAUUAGAAGCUAAACCUGUAGUACUUAGCCAUUUUGUUUCCCUUAUCAUACUCUUCUCAAUCAUUAUGGAAGUUGGGCAACAAUUAUUACAAUCUCAUGACUAAAUCUGAAGCCUUUAACAUUGUGCAAGAAAGGCGGUCUGCUAAUUACAAGCCUAACAUUUGGAAAUAUGAUUUUCUGCAAUCUCUUUUUAGUGCAUAUGAUGAAGACCAAUACAAAACAAAAAUGGAGAGGCUGAAAGAGGAUGUUAAGCAUCUGUUUUUUGAAGCAGUAAACUUGGAAGCUAAAUUAGAGCUUGUUGACUGGAUCAGAAAGCUUGGUCUGGCAAGCCAUUUCGAAGUUGAGAUCAAGGAAGCUCUAGAUACAAUAGCAUCAUCCACAAAGAACAGCAGUCUCAAUAUCGACAAGAACCUUUACGUCACUGCCUUAUCUUUUACGCUUCUCAGACAGCAUGGUUACGAAGUUUCACAAGAAAUGUUCAGUGAAUUUUUGGACGAGAUGGGCAGUUUCAUGGAAAGUAAAUGCUUGGACGUUAAAGGAGUCCUGGAGCUUUUCGAAGCCUCCCAUGUAGCUUUACAAGGUGAAAAUAUCUUAGAUGAAGCAAAGGCUUUCUCUAUCAGAAUUCUUAAAGACAUCAAGUCCAGAGAUGAUAGCAACUUGUCAAAGCAUGCGGCUCACUCUUUGGAUCUCCCAUACCAUUGGAGAGUGCAAUGGUUUGAUGUGGAAUGGCAAAUAAACACAUAUGAGAAAGACAAAGACACAAAAAACACGUUACUUGAUUUAGCAAAACUUAAUUUUAAUAUUGUCCAAGCCACACUACAGAAAGAUCUAAAGGAGAUAUCCAGGUGGUGGUCGAGUUUGGGUCUAAUAGAGAAUCUCAACUUUACAAGAGAUCGUUUAGUUGAGAGCUUCUUGUGCUCAGUGGGGGUUGCUUUUGAACCUCAGUUCAGUUGUCUCAGAAAAUGGCUUACUAAAGCUAUCAUUAUGGUAUUAAUUAUAGAUGAUGUUUAUGACGUUUAUGGUUCAUUGGAAGAAUUGCAACAUUUCACCGAUGCUAUUAGUAGGAGGGAUACAAAGGAAAUUGAACAGCUGCCAGAAUGUAUGCAAAUAUGCUUUCAAGCACUUAACAGUAUAACUGGUGAAACUGCAAGCAAGAAAGUGUGGGCAGAUUUUUGUGAAGCAUUGUUAGUGGAAGCAAAAUGGUAUCACAAAGGAUACACACCAACUUUGCAAGAAUAUCUGGAUAAUGCUUGGAUUUCAUCAUCAGGCACUGUCCUUUGUGUUACUUCAUAUUUCUCUCUAGUCAAUGAUGAGGACAUGCAAGAUUUUAUGGGGAUAAAUCAAGAUCUGGUGUAUAACAUUUCCCUGAUAAUCAGGCUCUGCAACGAUUUGGGGACCUCAGUGGCAGAACAAGAGAGAGGAGAUGCUGCUUCAUCAAUAGUAUGUUACAUGCGAGAAAAGAAUGUCUCAGAGGAGGCAGCCAAGAAUUAUGUUAAGAGCUUGAUAAACAAUUCAUGGAAGAAAAUAAAUGGACAAUGCUUUGGUUUAUUACCUAAUUGUAAUCACUUGAACAUCAUUACAAAUAUGGCUCGUGUGGCUCAUAAUCUUUACCAGUACGGAGACGGAUUUGGUAUUCAAGACCGGGAAAUUAAGAAGCAGAUCUUAUCCCUUCUUGUCGAUCCUCUCGAACUGGAUUGAGAUUAUAUUUUAAAGUACUUUUUUUUUUCUUUUUGAAGAGAGAGUAUACUUUAAAGUUAAUCAAUUUAAAAUGUAUAAAUUAAUUGCAUUGCAGUAGGAAUAUUGAACGUGCAAUAACUAAAAAAUGUGGAUUGUUUUAGUGGACUUUGAACCAAGGCCCAUGCCUUUGGCCCAAAUGAAAGUUAUUUGUAUGUUUUGGACAUUAUAUAAGGCCGACAUUGACCUUUAUUUGUA